UUGCUUCCAAUCGCUGGCGUUCUUCUUAUGAUCGCUUGUAUCAACUGCAUCAGCUACUUUGGAAUCAAGGGUGUAUAUAAGCGACCAGUUAAAUACCAUACCUUUGAAAUUAACGGACAACCUGUUAAUCUUUUCGAACAUGACAAAAACGGAAAUCUAAUACCUAUGCCACAUACAACUAUCAAUAUGGAAGCUGUUGUCUCAGAAAUUGUCAGGCAACUCGGUAAUUGGAACGUUCAAACUGGUCAGGGAGGUGUCGUCACUUCCUCCCAAGGAGGUUUCAAUUUCCAUGUUAGAGGUAGAAGAACAAUUCGUGCCCCCGAUGUAUCCUUCACUUCGAAAAAUGUAUAUCGUCAUUUGACUCAACAACAACUCUGGACUUUUAAAGGUGAACCCUUUACACCAACGGUUGUUAUAGAGGUUUCGGAUACUAUCAAGGAUUCGGAUACGAAAAAAAAGAAUAAAGUAUUUGAUGAUUUGGAUGAAAAGUUUAAAUCUGAAUACCUUGCAGUGGGUACCUCAGUACAAAUCGAUGGAGGGGAUACAUUACCAGGGUUUACGUUGGAUGUCAAGAUGAUCAAAGAUAUUAUUUCACAAAAAUCAAGGCCAACAGAAGCAUCAAAAAAACCAGAAUCACGGUUUAGCUGCCCCAAGUGUGACAACCAUUUUACCGAUAAUUACUCUUUUAUAAAACACUUUGAAAGAUCUCAUAUAUGUGAUUAG